AUGAUGCUCGCUGGCCUAUCCCCACACACGUUCCGCCAUAUCUUUUCCCGCACCGCUCAAAUCGCCGCGAAUUACAACUCGAGAACCAUGAACACGAUUACGGAAGGAGUCCAAUUCGAUACCAUCGCCCGCGAAUGGCGCUGCAAGUGGAGUGUUAGUGACGAUAAAAAGUCGCUCCAGGAAGCGCAAAAGGCGUUGGAGUCCGUCUUGGCCGACGUCAAAAAAGUCGAAGGUGUCAAGGACGUGCAACGCGUGGUUUGUGGUGGAUGUCUCGAUUUCAAGGUCAUGACGAGCUUGCCCGCCGACAAGUUUGGCGCCUGGGAAGAAGCCAAAUUUGCCCCGGAAGAAGACUUUUUGGGAAAGCUCAAGGAAAUCGACGGCAUUUCAACGAUUGAGACGCAGACCUUUACGCUCAUGCCCAUGUAGAAGAAUCGGUCUUGGUUUUGGAACUCUAAAUGUACGGUUCGGACACAUAUAGAAGAAAGAUCAGAACUUAU